UCAGUCGUCGGCGAGCGGUCGUCUCUUUCAGUUCUCUCCUGCUCCGUGGAGAAUCUCGAGAAUCUUUAUCCACUAGACACUCGUGCAGUAAAUGUGCGCGAACCCAAGUGAAUUAGCCCACAAUUGGGGCCCAAGUGAUAUAUCUACUGGCAUAUGUACACUGAUUCGUUUUACAUAGUGACAUCAACUCUUUCCAAGGCACCACGACACGUGCCCGGCACGCUCCAAUGUGACAGCAUUUUCCCGGAAGUAACAAAUCAUCGCCUGUAGGAGAAGGAAGCAGCACCACACGCACCACACAGAGAUAGGACACUCCGUGGGAGCCACAGCAAUGUGUUGCCUGCAUUUGAAGAACUUUAAAUGCGGCCACCCGCGCUCAUUGACAUUCGACAAAAGUUAAGGACAUCAUCGCGCAGAGUCCAGCCACAAGACACAGCAACACUCAUCCACUCCAGCCCCCGCACACACAGCGACACUCAUAUAGUAGAGGACUCUCAUCCAUCUUCAGCAUCUUGGGGGAUCUGGGAUCCGUUUAGGAUGCCCUGGCAAAGGCAACAGGGCUGGGCCUGGCUGCUGCUGGUGCUGGCCAUUUGGGUGGGGGUGGGCCCAGGCUCGGGUCCGUGCCCAGCCCUCGCCCAGCGGCCACUGCUCGCCAAUCACACCUUCAAUGCGCUGCCCAACUACAGCGGCAACAACAACUGGGCGGGCGGCAAGCAGCUGCGGAACGGGCGGCUCCACGAGCAGCCGCUGCCCCUGCCACAGCCACAGCCGACGGUGACGGCUGGCAUCUACGAUGACUACGAGGGGGAGGCUGGCUCCCGAGCACCCCCACCGGGUGGGCGCAGGGAGACGCGACGCCGCCAGAACCUCGCCCGCCGUGGCAUGGAGUCGCUGCGCAAGGAGCUGAUGAAGCCUUCAGUGGGCGGACCCGGCGGCGGCAUCUCCGGCAGCAGCUCCGGCUAUCCCUCCUACUCUGGCACCUCCUCGAUAGGCCGCAUCGAUGGCCUGGGCCUGGGCAUGGGCUCCGCCGACCGCUACGGGGAGCAGCUGCGUCAGCCGAGCGGCGCUGCAGCCAUGACCGCUGGGCCCGUGGUGGGACCGUACUCCACCCGCUUUCCCCCGCUGUACGCCGGCGUGGAUGAGCAGCAGCCGAAGCGCAUGUACUCGAGGAAGAACUCCAUCAGCGAGCUCUACAAGCUGAAGAAGAGCCUCAACCAGGCGGACGAGCCUGCCGGAGGCGUGACCCAUGGCAACUUCGAAGGCGAUCCCGUGGUCAGUCCGCAGGGUGUGCCCGUGGAUCUGAUCCAGGAGAUCAAAGAUCGCAUCAGGGACACGGAACCCAAUGCGAACACAUACUCGACCCACACGGAGUCCACACCCUCGUCGGAGUACGAGUACGAGCUGGGGGUCAAGUGCAACUUUGAGACGCCCUGCAGCUGGUCGUGGGUGGACUAUCCGGAUGGCUUCCAGGUGAUGACCGGCACGGAGCUGGCCAAGCGGAACAUGACAGGCCUCCUGCCCGGGCCGGUGGCCGACAGCAUCGACGACGCCAACGGGCACUUCCUGUACGCACGCGUGCAGCCCAGCACGAAGCCACUGAAUCUCACAUCGCCGGAGUUCAGCACGACCAUGGAGAAGUGCUUCCUGGAGGUGUACAUGCACCAGAGCGACAUGAGCCACGGCCUCUCCCGCGUGGUGGUGGAACCACUGCACACGCAGGAGAGCAGCUGGGUGCCGGCCGAGAUCCAGGGCGACAACUUUCGCACCUGGACACGCAAGGUCUAUCGCCUGGGACGCAUCUCUCGCGACUUUCGCAUUGUGUUUGAGAUCGUGCCGGAUCUGAAGGCCGGACAGAAGGGCCACGUGGCACUGGACAACCUGCGGAUGGUCAACUGUUUCCCCGAGGGCACCAAGUCGGAGAAGUGCAGCACAUCGCAGGUGAAGUGCACCAACAACCGCGUCCCCGUGUGCAUCCAUUUGCCAAGGAUCUGCGACAUUACCCGCGACUGCGACGAAGCGGAGGAUGAGCAUCAGUCAUGCGACAAGAUACCCUUUGGUGGUCGCUGUGACUUCGAGGAGGAUUGGUGCGGCUGGCGCGACUCGGGCAAGACGACGCUCACGUGGUCGCGGCACACUGGCUCCUCGCCCACCCACGACACGGGUCCGGAUGGGGACCACACGCUGCAGCAUCUGCUGAACAACACCAGCGGCUACUACAUGCUGGUCAACAUGAACCAGCACAUGAACGACACGGAGAAGAACUCGAUCAUCGGCUUCGCCAGCAAUGCCAUAAUGCUGAGCAAGACCUUCAAUCCGCCGCCAUCGGUGCACGGGAAUCCCGACUCUCCCUAUCGCAACUCCUGCGUCGUGCGGUUCUUCAUUCAUCAGUUUGGCAAGAAUCCCGGCAGCAUUAACCUCUCCGUGGUGGAGAUGAAGGAGAAGGAGAACAUCACCACCACGCUCUGGUGGAGCACCAAGAAUCAGGGCAGCGACUGGCUGCGAGCCGAGUACGUUCUGCCCAACAUUACGUCCAAAUACUAUCUACAGUUUGAGGCCCGCAUGGGCAUGAGAAUCUACUCGGAUGUGGCCGUGGAUGACUUCUCGCUGAGCCCCGAAUGCUUUGGCCUCAACAUACCCGAGGAGCAUCUCAAUGGCUACAACUACUGGGAUGUGCGACUGAAUCUCAAGAGUCCCACCUAUCGAGACUUUGAAUACACCAAUUACCUGGAGCUAACCAGCUGCGACACUCGUGGCAUGAUAGGACCCACACAGUCGCAGUGCGAGAGCGCCUACAAGGAGCAGAACAAGACGCACAUUCUGCGCGAGGUGCACGUCGUCGAGGAUCAGAGCAGCUACAAGGGCAUGCAGAAGUGGAAAGUGCCCAACGAGGGACACUACACCAUCAUUGCCAAGGGAGCCAGUGGAGGCUUGGGAUCCGGCGGCGUGGGCAGCUCUCGUGGGUCUGUGGCCGUGGCUGUGCUCGAGCUGCACAAGAACGAGGAGCUCUACUUCCUCAUUGGCCAGCAGGGCGAGAACGCGUGCAUCAAGUCCAUGGGCGCACCCAAGGAGGCCGGCUGCGGCACCGACCACGACCUGGAUCUGGCACAGUACAGCUUCCGCUCCAAGCAGGACAUGGUCAAGAAUAUCUACAUCGAGAACGGGGCUGGUGGCGGAGGCGGUGGCUCCUAUGUCUUCCUCCUCAAUCAGGCCAAGAACGAGGCUGUGCCGCUGCUGGUGGCAGGCGGAGGAGGAGGCCUGGGCAUUGGCCAGUACAUAGACGAGGACUUCCAGCACGGCCAGAAGGCGAAGCCGCUGCAGGCGCCAGAGAGCGGACAAAUCAAUGGCGAGCCGUUGAACAAGAAGACUGCAGGACCUGGAGGCGGCUGGCGGGCAAAGGAGGAUCAGGCACUGAGCCCCACCAAUGGCGCUGCCCUGCUGCAGGGCGGUCGCGGCGGACACUCCUGCUACGUGGAGCUGGCGGACAAUGGCACCAGCGUCCAUCGGCAUGGCCAGGGCGGCUUCGGUGGCGGCGGAGGUGGCUGCAACACGGGCGGCGGAGGCGGCGGCUAUGCCGGCGGAGAUGUCUACCUGAACGAGUCGAAUGGAGAGGGCGGCAGCUCGUACAUCAGCGCCAGCCGCAGCCUGCGGGAGAUUGGCGAUGUGUAUGCGGGAGCCAGCAGUGGUCCGGGCUCCAUCAUCAUCAUCCCAGCCAUCGAGGGCUGUGGCUGCGACUACCGCUGCGUGGCCAUGGACGAGUUCCGGUCGAAGGUGCGCUGCAUCUGCCCGGAUGGCUGGAGCCUCAAAAAGGACAACAACACGGCCUGCGAGAUACGCGAGGAGGCGGGCAAGUCCUCCUUCCAGCACCUCGUCUCCAUUCUGAUGUUCUCCCUGGCGGUGCUCUUCAUCUGCAUUGCGGCGCUCAUCUUUAUGCUGUACAACCGCUAUCAGCGCAAGAAGCAAACCAAGAAGCGCCACAAAAUGCUCGUGGAGCAGGAUCUGCAGCUGACGCGACUGCGCCACAACAUCGACGACUCCAACCUGAACAACUUUAAUCCCAACUACGGCUGCGAUGCCAUCCUCAAUGGCCACAUCGACGUCAACAGCCUGCCGCAGGUGGGCCGCGAUAGUCUCCAGCUGGUCAAUGCCCUCGGCAAGGGUGCCUUUGGUGAGGUGUACAUGGCCCUGUACCGACAUCGCGACGGUGAUGCCGUGGAGAUGGGCGUCGCUGUCAAGACACUGCGCGAGGAUCCCAAGCGCGAGAAGGAGGAGGACUUCCUGAAGGAGGCGGCCAUCAUGGCCAAGUUCAACCACCCGAAUAUGGUGCACCUGAUUGGCGUCUGCUUCGAUCGGCAGCCCUACUACAUCGUCCUGGAACUGCUGGCUGGCGGGGAUCUGCAGAAGUUCCUGCGCGAGAACCGCAACACGCCGGAGCGACCGUCGCUGCUGACCAUGAAGGAUCUGCUGUUCUGCGCCUUGGACGUGGCCAAGGGCUGUCGCUACAUGGAGAGCAAGCGGUUCAUCCACCGGGACAUAGCCGCCCGCAACUGUCUGCUGAGCAGCAAGGGGCCCGGCCGCGUGGUGAAGAUUGCGGACUUUGGCAUGUCGCGGGACAUCUACAGAUCGGACUACUACCGGAAGGGCGGCAAGGCGAUGCUGCCGAUCAAGUGGAUGCCGCCCGAGGCCUUCCUCGAUGGCAUCUUCACAUCCAAGACGGACGUGUGGUCCUUUGGCAUCCUGCUGUGGGAGGUCUUCAGCCUGGGACGCUCCCCGUACCCGGGCCAGCACAACACUCAGGUGAUGGAGCUGGUGGUGCGAGGCGGGCGCCUGGGCACACCCACUGAGUGCCCCGUGUCCAUCUACAAGAUCAUGGCCGACUGCUGGAACCCCACGCCGGAGGAUCGUCCCACAUUCACCAGCCUGAUGGAGCAUCUGACCACCUGCUCGCAGGACCCGAGCAUCAUGAAUGCGCCGCUGCCCAAUAUCCUGGGUUCGACGUCCUCCGACCGCGACGACACCAUCAUCCGACCUCCCAAUGGCGAAGAGUUCUGCCUGGCCGUACCGGACUACCUGGUCCCCCUGCCCAGCCACCUCGCCCAGCACCUGCCCAGCGGCUCCGCCUACAUCCCGCCCCAGCGCAAGCAGGCGAGCGCGUGCACCCCGCCCGCUGUAUCCUCGCCAGCGACGCCCCAUCCCAAGCCCGUCCUUCUGCCCGACCAGCAGCUUGAGACCUCCUUCAUCUUGCCCAACUCGAAGAGUGACCAGCCCUUGCUCAGCGCCGGAGCGCCCAUCACCACCACGGCGCCCGUGAGCGUCUCCCCACCCCUAGCCGCGUCUCCACGUCUGUCCCCGAGGCCGGGCGCCGACCCAGAAGCAGCGCCUGUCGAGUGCCAAACCCACAACGAGGAGGGGAAGCUGAUCAGCCUGGACACGCCGCAGCCAACGCCGACCACCAUCCAGCCGCCACUCUCCUUCACCUCGCAGCUGGACGGGAUCACGCUGGAUCCAUCGACUCUGGCCAAGAGCCUGCCCAACGGCACGGGCAAGCAGUCGUACGCCAAUGUCCAGGUCAAUGGGGAGUCUGAACCGAAGCCCCUGACCAAUGGCAAUGGCGCUGUGGUCAAUGGGGAGAGUCCGACGGCUGGGGGAGCUGACCGGGAAGCUCCAUUCACCAUCCAGGGCUAUGCGGAGCGGUACAAGGACAACAACAAUCAUUCCGAAAUCAGUUGCUAGACACAGAGUGUCUCGCCGCCGGCCACAGGGUGACGCUGUCCAUACCGUGACGUACCGUGCUGUACCACUCCCGAAACGAUCCCCAAUCCAAUCCAAUCCACAAUUUGUUCGCUUCUGAAGAGGCGCAUUGAUGAAUCUGAUCGGAUCUGUGCUGAUUGAUUCAAUCUCAGAAAUCUUUAACAGAAAACUAAAAUCGAGUGAGAACUUCACAGCAAAAUGUAUUUGUAAUUAAAACGUAAAUUUGUAUUGUGCGAAGAACGGAGAGUGAAAACUCCAGCGAAAUGCCAGUGGGAAUACACACAUUAUAAAUUAAUUGAUUGGAAAACUAGUUUAGUUUUGUACCAGACAUUAGUUUUGCCAAAGAAGACAAAAACAAAAAGAUUAAGAAAAAACCAAAAGGAUUUAAACAUAGAUUUGCGAGAGGUUGUAUAUAUAUCAAUUGAGUAUAAUACUAUUAUUAUUAUUAUUUGAUACCCCUUAGGUUUUUAUGUUCAUCUCUUUAGUUGUACCUUUAGUUUCGUUCUUAAGCUGAUGACUGAAAUGCCAAACAAUAUUCCUAAAAUAUAACAAAACGCGAUGAAGAGAGGGAGAUUAAGAGAGGAGAAAGAGUUUGAUUAUUUUUUAUACGCAGUCCAUAAUCGGGAACCAAAAAACCAAAGCCAAAACUCAAAGUAGUUUAAAGUUCAAGCCGCCACAGACACAGCACACCUCAGACAUACACCACACCACAGCCUCAGUUAUAGUCUCUCUGAUUUCUUUAUGCUGUAUGAUUUAAUUUUUAAUCCAAAUAAAACUUGUAAAUACUCGUACCAAAAAACAACAGCUUCCGUCGUAGCGAAUCACGUUUAUUGAGUGUAUUUAUUGUAUAUUAGAUUAAGAGAACAGAAGAUAAAGAUAAACCACGUAGCGAGUAAAAAACACGAUAGAUCGAAAAAAGAAUACAAUUUACAGGGUGAUUUUUAUGAAAAUUCAGUUGUAUGUUUGAAAAACAGAAACUAGCAUUAAAAUGGCAUUAAAGGCAUUCAAAGAGAAACGAAAGAGAGAGCACCCCAGAGUGUUGUGUGUUGUGUUGGUUGUGCACAACAAACAUGAAACAUGCUCUCAGCACGACGGCCCUGUAUUUGUUCAUCAUUAUAAUGUAUUGUAAAAUGGUUCUGUUCGAGAUUCGAGAUUCGAAAUUUGAGAUUUUUGUACAUUUAGUUGGAACGUAACAAACAAGCUUUAAAUUAUAUAAUUUUUAUAAAGAUAUAUAAACGGAUAUACAAGUGAGGCGACAACAUUAUAUUUAACAAAACAAAAAACCAACAAACAAAAAA